AUGAUGUUAUUCCUUUUAUAUAUAACGGCAAUUCUGAUGGGCAUCGUCCCUUCAGUCUUCGCACAGAUCGUCUCAUACAGUCCCUCGAGCGGGAGUGGUGUGACAUAUAGCGUCAAUAUACCUAAAAAAACGGCCCAGUUGGGCAACGGUACUAUAUACUUUCAAUUAGAAGCCCCUGCAAAUAUUUCGUGGUUUGCAUUCGGCCAGGGCUCUGAAAUGACCGAUGGAAACCUCUUUAUUGUCUACUCUGGGAUUAAUGGCAACGUCACUCUUUCUACUCGAUCGACAUCCGGCCAUUACGAACCCUCAUACGACUCGAGUAUCAGAGCCUUUCUCCUCGAGGGGUCCGGCGUUCGCCACGGACUCAUGACAGCGAAUAUCCGCUGUGAUAGUUGCAUGUCAUUGCAUAGCGGCAACAACAUCAUGAGUAACCAGAGUAGUUGGAUAUGGGCCUUGAAGCAAGGUGAUCCAUUACGGUCUAGCAACACCUCCUAUCCUUUGGACCAACACGACUGGCAUGGCAUUUUCUCGCUAGAUCUGACGAAGGCCAUCGGUGGCAACUUUGAAAACCCGUUCACGAUACCGUACCACUCGAUUUUCGACUAUACCCCCAAAUCUUUCCAGCAACAAAUCAGCGACAUCCUCUUGCAUAAAAAGCGAAUUGCACACGGCGUGAUUACUUCUAUUGCUUUUGUCCUUCUAUUUCCCAACUUCGCCCUUACAAUCUUCAUCCCAUCUCGCUUUGCCGUCCCGUGGAUCCAUGCCCCCCUCCAGAUGUUUGCCGUAUGCAUGGCUUUGGCGGGCUUUGGAAUUGGAGUCUCUGUCGCCAAGGAUCUUCAAGAGCUUGGUGGUUACCACGGUAUACUCGGCUACGUGGCGAUUAUUGGGGUUUCCGUUUUUCAGCCCAUUCUUGGUAUCAUACAGCAUCUACGCUACCGCAAAACGAAAGAAAAGACUCUGUAUGGUUUGGUCCAUCGCUGGUUCGGCCGAUUCUGCUGUAUCCUCGGCAUUGUCAAUGGUGGAAUCGGCUUCCACUAUGCUGUGACGAAAAACCCUGAUAUUCCACCCGCUUCACCGAUUGCAUAUGGUCUCAUAGCAGCAUCGGUUGGUGGUAUUUACGUUUCUGUUGUAUUAUGGAAAACUUUCAAGUUCAAACCCUGGUUUUGUUCCAGGAGCAGAAAGCCUUUGGCUGAAAAGGGGAGUCAUCCCCCUGUUACCACGAAUUCACUUAAUGUCGAUGCAUCCAAAAACAAGGCUUGGUUACCUUGA